CGAUCCAACAACGCGCCAGCGCAUCCUGCCUAGCACGAGUGUAACGGCAUUUUAUUACUACUGCGCUCUGUCGACUUCCGAAUUAUGGCUUGACUCACUGCAGCUGCAAUCCUUCUGAGGCACUAGCGGCCAAGCAUGUGCAAUUGUGGAAGGAAUACAUGACGUCCAGACAGGCGUCCCAUGCCACUCUAGGCUCCGCCAACGACAACACCUCACAAUUGAUGCCGGGACCAGGACCAGAUAAUCGAUGAACAUGGAGCCUUCGCCCGCCUCCACCCACGCUAGCGACGGCGCCCACAUCAAGCUCGCUUGCCAAGCCUGUAGGGUCUCUACAAGCGCGAUGCAGACAUAUGCUGACCUGGACACAAGGUCAAAAGAAAAAAAUCAAGUGCGAUAGACACUUCCCAUGCGGCCAGUGUUCCAGGUCCAGCUUGGCCUGCGUGCCAUCACAACGGAAGCCAAGGACAAGACAUGCUGGCAAGCGAGCUGUGGAUUCAGAGUUGCGAAGCCGCAUUUCAAAAUUGGAGAGUCUUGUGGAAACACUGAGCGGCGAAGUCGGUGUACCAGGAACGAGUCCCAAUGAUCAAGAGGACGAUGAGCCCGAAGGCGCAGAACCCCAGAUAAAUUCACUCACGCCACCCAAAGUCUCCAAGUUUCUUGGUACUCCGUUCUGGGCAACGCUCACCAACGAAGUACAAGCACUUCGUGAGGCGCUGGAGGAGGAAGACGAAGAGGAAGAAAGUCCCUACUCAGAGCCUACCCCUCUCGAAGCACGGCCGACGGAUGCUGCAUCGUCAGCAGAUCUGCUUAUAUGCCCUCCAGGUUCCAUUUUUGUAAUGCCAGGAGCACUACUUGAGCCUUCAGUCGACACACAGAGCCAGCUCUACAACAUCUUCUUCGCCAACAUUGAUCCAGUGUUCAAGUUAUUGCAUCGCCCAACCGUACUACCAUUUUUGAACUUUGGCAACGACUAUCUAGGGCUGAAUGCUCAGGCACCGCCGAAUAGGGCAUUGAAAGCCGCAAUAUGGUUCGCAAGUGUGACAUCUUUGCGAGAUGAAGACUGCUAUGGCCGGUUUGGAGCCACUCGAUCUGAUCUCUUAGCACAAUUUCGAAGACAUUGUGACGUGGCUCUGGCACAAGCCGAUUUCAUCAACACGUCCGAUUUGGCGACACUUCAGGCAGCUGUGCUGUACGUUGCCGCCGCUAGACAGACCGAUCCCAGCAGGCGGCCGUGGACACUGACAGCGCUCAUAAUUCGCAUCGCUCAAGGCAUGGGACUUCAACACGAGGUUCCCAACACCACCACGACGCCUUACGAAAGGGAACAACGUCGUCGUCUCUGGCACAAUAUUCGCGUUCUCGAUGCGUUCUCGUCCAUCGAUCGAGGCACGGAAAUUCUGUUGCCCCUGACAGCCUUCACCAUUCCGCCGCCGACCAACGUGAACGACGAAGAUUUCGACCCGCAGUCGACGGUCAUUACACCCCGCGAAGAAGGGCUCACCGACAUGACGUUCACUGCAAUGUGCGACAAAGCUACAACUCUGAAUAUUGCGUUGCUAUCUCCGGGGCAUGAUACAUGGCAGCGCCGCUUUGAGUCUACUCAAGCUUUCAGCAAGGAUAUCAACGAAAAGUGUCUCCGUUUCUGCGAUCGAUCACGGCCAUAUGAUCGAUUCUUGCAUGCGGUCGGCCACUCCAUGAUAACAUCGAGCAUUCUUCGUGCGGUCAGACCAAUGCAGAAGCUUACUGGUAGUGUCCCACCGCGAGUGGAUAGCCCGUUCGUACUGCAGCUUGCCGUCAAUACGCUGAAGGCUGGCGAGAUGAUCUACGAAGAUCCCGAAGCAGAGGGCUGGAGAUGGAUCUUCUGGGUACAAUGGCAUGCUCUGGCUGUCGCAUUGGCCGGUCUUUGCUCUGUCCGAGAUACAGAAUUGGCUCGCACUGCUUGGGCGCUGGUUGACAAAUCUUACGACCGUAAUUCCAGCGCAGUAGCUGAUACCAGAAAUGGCAUGCUGUGGAGACCCAUCGAGAAACUCUAUAGGAAAGCUCAGGCUUUCCGCGAUGGCACUGGAAGUACGCCAGCUAGCGACACCAGUAGUCCGCCGACAAAGAACAUGGCCGGUCUUGAGCUGGCUAAUCGCCAAGGUUCGCUGGACGCUCGAUCAUCCAUCCAGCUCAACAACGGCGCAGCACCGCAUCUCGCGCAGCCCCCUAUCCCGUCUACUCAUGGUCUACACCAAACAGCGAAACCUGCUGGUCAAUGGCUAAUAGAGCCAUCAGUGGACUUUUCUCUCGACCCUAUGAACAAUCUCCCGACUGAGAUGCCCGGCUUCAACAAUGGAGACAUGUCCUGGGACUGGGAAAGGAUCAUGGAAGACGUGUCGAACAUGCCCACAUCGAUCGGCUUCAACGAGGCGGACCUCAUUUCUCAAGAUAUAAAUUACAAUUUCGGGAACAUGAAUAUACCUCCGGACAUACACGGCGGGUGGAGAUUCGGGACUCAGUAAUCUCCCAAGGCGUUUCGCAACGCGCGAAUACAUGUACACUACGUGCGACGAUAAUACAGUGUACGUUCGAUCUUGUGAGGCAUAGACUCGACUCUACCUUAUGAA